GCAAGCUUCAACGCGCAGCUUCAGUCUGACAUCAACGAACUGAUCGACAAAAUUUCGGAAAUCAAUGACGAAGUUGUUCAAGGUUGGCUACUCGACGCGGAAAGCAACACUGCGCACUGUCUUGCAACUCUGCGUAAUCUCAAUGCACGAAUGACUGAAUGUGCAAGCAUUGCAAACACCUACCGAAAUCACCAGAAGGCGUUUAAGGUGGAAGUGACGAGAUUUGAUAUGCUUGAGCAAGUAACGAAUGAAGUGAAACUGCGCACACUACUGUGGGAAACCGUUGAUACGUGGGCGGCAGCGGUUGAAGAGUGGCACAUAGUACCAUUCGACACACUGAAUAUCGAUGAAAUGACGUCGUUUACUUCGCGUAACGUGAAAAAUAUCGCAAUGCUGGAAAAAGGCCUGCCACCGAACAACAUCGUGCCAAAGCUGAAGGAAGAUGUUGAAGUAAUAAAGGACAAGCUGCCAGUUAUAGGCUUCCUCAGAAACCCAAACCUAAAGACUCGUCAUUGGCAGAAAAUAGAAAGCUUACUCAACUACAAAUUCACAGCAGAUGAAGAGGUCACACUGACUCUUCUCGAAAAACUGAAUGUUUUUUCGUAUCCCGCCGAACUGAUGGAAAUUGCCGCGGCGGCCAGUUCGGAAUUCGGUUUAGAAAUACUGUUAAAAAGGGUUGAAGAAUCCUGGAAGACUUUAGAAUUUCUCGUCGUUCCGCACAAGGAAUCCAAGGAUGUGUUUAUACUCGGAUCCUUAGAAGAAGUCCAGGCUAUUCUCGAAGAAAGUAACAUCAAUAUUCAGACUAUCGUCGCGUCACGUCACGUUGGUCCGAUUAAGUCACGAGUGGAAGACUGGGUCAAGCAACUGGAUCUAUUUUGGAAGACACUGGAUGCUUGGCAGUACUGUCAGCAGCAAUGGCUCUAUUUAGAGUCUAUAUUCUCAGCUCCAGACAUUCAACGCCAACUCCCCGUUGAAUCGAAGCUUUUCAUUGUAGUUGACAAAUCGUGGAAAGACAUAAUGAGAAAAACAGCCAAGAUGCCAUUGGCGCUUGAAUCGUGUUGCCAGCCGGGUUUGUACGAGAAGUUCCUGGAGAAUAACAGAAACUUGGAUCAGAUCUUAAAAUGUCUCGAAGCUUAUCUUGAAACAAAGCGUAUCGCAUUUCCACGUUUCUUUUUCCUGUCGAAUGAUGAACUGCUUGAAAUAUUAGCACAGACCAGAAAUCCCCACGCAGUACAAAGACACUUGCAGAAAUGCUUCGACGCAAUUUAUCGUUUGGAGUUUGCUACGGCUCCACCUGAAGAUGGUGCCGAGACAAGUGACACUAUACUGACUACAGACAUCAACGCGAUGAUAUCUCCCGAAGGAGAAAGAGUUCAGUUGGGAAAGGGAUUAAAAGCACGCGGCAAUGUGGAAGACUGGUUAGGAAAGGUUGAGGCAUCCAUGUUUUUAUCGCUAAAGAGAAGGAUGAAAGCGGCAAUAAGCGAUCUUCAUCACAGAGGAAGAGAAAUGUUCUUGGUUGCACAUCCUUCACAGAUCGUUUUGACAGUAUCACAAAUAUUCUGGGCUCGAAACGUUCACUUAAUUCUCGAUGGUAAAGUCAACGUUGAAAAUGCUAUGCAAUCGUUCGAACAAAAAUCUUACUCGGACUUGAAUCAACUAGCAGCUAUGGUAAGAGGGGAAUUGCCGAGGCUGGUACGUGAAGUAAUCAUCAAUCUGAUAACUGUUGAUGUUCACGCAAGGGACACCAUAACGAUUCUGGUUGAAAAUAAAGUGAGCAGCAGCACGAAUUUCGAAUGGAUGAAAGCACUCCGGUACUACUGGGACGACGAAGUAGAUAAUUGCUUGGCGAGAAUGAGCAGCGCGGAAUAUCUGUACGGGUAUGAAUACCUCGGGGCGCAGAGAAGGCUUGUGAUCACCCCGCUGACAGACAAAUGUUAUCUCUGCCUUAUGGGGGCUCUUCAAUUGGAUCUCGGUGGAGCUCCGGCUGGACCUGCGGGUACUGGAAAAACUGAGACCACCAAGGACUUGGCAAAAGCUCUUGCUAUCCAGUGUGUAGUCUUCAACUGUUCAGAGGGACUUGAUUACCGCAUGAUGGGCAGAUUCUUCUCUGGGCUUGCGACAUCCGGUGCAUGGUGUUGUUUCGACGAAUUCAAUCGAAUUGACAUCGAAGUACUUUCGGUAAUAGCGCAACAGUUGAUCACUAUAAGAAAUGCGAAGGUAGCUAGAGCCAAAGAAUUUCUAUUUGAAGGACGAAAAAUAAAGCUAGUCAUGUCAUGUGCCGCUUUUAUAACCAUGAAUCCGGGGUAUGCUGGCCGUACGGAAUUGCCGGACAAUCUGAAAUCUUUGUUCCGUCCCAUAUCCAUGAUGGUUCCAGACUACAAACUAAUUGCGGAGGUGACAUUGUAUUCCGAGGGUUUCGAGUCAUCGAAAUCACUGUCUAAAAAAAUGACACUGAUGUACACGCUUUGUAGCGAGCAACUUUCCCAACAGGAUCACUACGAUUUUGGAAUGAGAGCUGUAAAAAGUGUCCUUGUGAUGGCUGGAAGUCUGAAACGAGAAAACCCAGACAAACAAGAAGAUGUCGUGUUAAUAAGAGCUUUGCGAGACAGCAACCUUCCGAAAUUUUUAGCCGAUGAUGCCGAGCUAUUUCAGGGCAUACUUGGUGACCUCUUUCCCGGUGUCGUUAUACCAGAAGAGGACUAUGGCGUAUUCCAGCAAACAACCAUAAGAGUAAUGUUAGAAGCUCGACUUCAACCUGAACUUUGCUCGAUAAAGAAAGUUAUCCAACUACACGAGACUAUGAUAGUAAGACAUGGAGUUAUGUUGGUGGGACCGACGGGUGGCGGGAAGACAACUGUUUUAAAAACGUUAUGCGACACGUUGACACGACUCUACCAAAAUGGCGUUAUUGGGCAACACUUUCAACCAGUGCACAUGUACACCUUGAACCCCAAGUCUGUGACAAUUGGUGAAUUGUAUGGGGAAGUGAAUACCUUAUCGAACGAGUGGCACGACGGAUUGCUAGGAAUUAUCGUUCGCAGUGCGUGCUCGGCCCAAAACGAGGACCAUCAGUGGGUAGUUUGCGAUGGACCAGUAGACGCCGUGUGGAUAGAGAACAUGAAUACAGUAUUAGACGAUAACAAGAUGCUUUGCCUUGCUAAUUCGGAACGAAUAAAAUUUACUCCAUAUGUGCACAUGGUAUUCGAAGUUAUGGAUCUGGCUCAGGCUUCUCCCGCAACAGUCAGCAGAUGCGGCAUGGUGUAUCUCGAUCCGUCCGAGCUUCGGUGGCUACCAUACGUUAAGACCUGGGUUUCUAAGCUUCCUUGGAGAAUAGUCAACGAUGAUAUUAAAGAUCAAAUUCUCGAACUAUUCACCACUUAUAUGGAUCCUGGAUUAGCGUUUUUUAAGAAAAAUUGUGAGCACGCUAUUCAUCAGGUUGACAUAAGCAAGGCUAACAUGCUAUGUGCUCUGAUGGAAAGCAUUUUAAACGAGCCAGGCUCAAUCGACAGAACAGUUGAAAAAUCACGGACCAAAAAUUUCCUCACGCAAGCCUUCAUCUUCUCUUUUAUUUGGUCUGUUGGUGGAAAUCUUAUAGACACUUCGAGAGAAAUAUUCGAAACAUUCGUAAAAGAGCAGUUCGAUGAAAAUCCUGAUGCACGACUACCAGCAAGUGGGGAUCUUUGGAGCCUCUAUAUAAAUGUUCAAGGUCGCCGAAUGGAUUUAUGGGUAAAACUAUUACCCGUAUUCAAUUACAAUCCGGAACAACCAUUUUUCGAAAUUCUAGUACCCACAAUAGAUACAGUUCGAUUCUCUUACAUCAUGCAAAAACUGUUGGAAACCAACAAGGCCGUUCUAUUCACCGGCGGUACUGGUAUUGGAAAAUCAGUAAUCGCGAAACUGGUGCUGAAUAAUUUGCAGAAAACUGAAUCGUGGGUUCCAGUUAUACUGAAUUUCUCAGCACAAACAAGUAGCAGUCGUACUCAAGAGAUUCUUGAACUUAAACUGGAGAAGAAAAAGAAAGCUCUUUUAGGAGCUCCCGUGGGAAAACGCGUUUGCGUGUUCGUCGAUGAUGUGAAUAUGCCGAAGCUGGACACUUACGGAUCGCAACCACCGAUUGAACUCCUCCGACAAUUUCUUGACUUUGGAGGUCUGUAUGAUAGGGAAAAGUUAUUUUGGAAAGUAAUAGAGGACGUAGUAUUGUCAUGCGCAUGUGCCCCUCCUGGUGGUGGAAGGAAUAUUUUGACUCCAAGGUUCGUCAGACACUUUGGAAUGCUAGUCAUCCCAGCCCCAACGGAAGGAUCUUUAAAAGCAAUAUUCAGAGCCAUUAUGAGAGGUUUUUUGAAAGAUUUUUGUCCACCCGUUAUGGACGUUGGGGACAAGAUAGUCACAGCUGCUGUUGAAGUUUACGACAGAAUAGCAAUUGAUCUGCUCCCUACACCUGAAAAGAGUCAUUACGUAUUUAAUUUGCGCGAUUUAUCAAAGUGCUUCCAAGGCAUAUUACAGGCUGAUUCAUCCGAUGUAAGAGAAGCGAAACAAAUCCUUAGAUUAUUUUACCACGAAUGCUUGCGCGUUUUUCACGAUCGGUUAAUCAACGUAGAAGACAAGUCUUAUUUCUAUCGCCUAAUGACGGAUAUGUGUAAACGCACAUUCGGAACAGAUGUCGUUGCAUUACCGGAGGAGGAAAUCAUAGAACAUCCACCGAUAAUUCUUUUCGGAGACUUCAUGCUGGUGGGUGCUGCUAAGGAGAACAGGAUUUACCAAGAAAUCACGGAUGUUGCAAAGCUGAAAGUGGUCCUACAGGACUACUUGGACGAUUACUGCUUAGCCACAGUGAAAGAGAUGAAUAUCAUAUUCUUCAUGGACGCUGUUGAACAUUUGUGUAGAUUAGCCAGAAUCUUGCGAUCCGAGAGAGGAAAUGGACUGUUAGUCGGUGUCGGAGGCAUGGGAAAGCAGAGUCUUACAAAACUGGCGUCUCAUGUUAAUGGUUAUCCGUGUUAUCAAAUAGAAGUUUGCCGCGGGUACGACAUAAACUCGUGGCACGACGAUUUGCGGCGUUUCUACUUUUCUCCGGGCUCUCUUGCUACCGAUGCAACGUUUCUUUUCACUGAAACUCAGAUCGUGGUUGAAGAAUUCUUGGAAGAUAUUAAUAACACACUGAAUUCGGGCGAAGUCCCAAAUCUCUUCGAGGCUGAUGAACUGGAAAAGGCCAUAAUUGCAACCAGACCUGCAGCUAAGCUGGUUGAAAUUGCAGAAACGGCCAGGGAUGAAAUAUACCGAUUCUUCAUCGGCAGAGUAAGGAAUCACUUGCAUCUCAUGUUGUGCAUGAGUCCUGUUGGCGACGCAUUUAGGCGUCGUUGUCGCAUGUUCCCUUCACUGGUUAAUUGCUGUACCAUCGACUGGUACACAAAGUGGCCUGAUGAAGCCUUGCUUUCGGUUGCUGAAAAUACACUUGCGUCCAUGAUGGGGGCUGAUGCUCCUAUGCUUCCCGCUUUGUCUACGAUUUGUGUAUUUAUGCACGAGAGUGUAGAACAAAUGACUGUACGGUUUUUCAACGAAGUCAGACGCAAGUAUUACACCACGCCUAGCAGUUAUUUGGAGCUCUUGAAGCUCUACGCGUCCACAUUGGAUACUAAGAAGAAGAAGACUUUGAUGACAAAAGACAGAAUAUCAAAUGGACUUAGGAAACUGUUCGAAACGAAUGAAACCGUCUCUGACAUGAAAGCCCAGCUACUUGUUUUGGCACCCAAGUUAAAGCUCAGCUCUGAAGAAGUGUCUAAACUACUUAUAAUCGUGCAAAAGCAACAAGUAGAAGCCGACAAAGCAAGAAAUAUUGUUGCCGCGGACGAGGCCACAGCUAAAGCUAAAGCAGAGGCAAUGGGAAUAUUAGAAGCCGAUGCGAAAAAGGACCUUGAAGCUGCAAUACCAGCUUUAGAGGAGGCGAAACGAGCGCUCGAGUCACUCAAUAAAAACGAUAUCAACGAGAUAAAGGUUUUCAACAAGCCACCACAUUUGGUUCGCUUUGUCAUGGAAGCUGUGGAUUUGCUGCUAGGAGAAAAACUUGACUGGGCAUCAGCGAAACUAGUGCUGUCAGAUGUCCACUUUUUAGACAGACUACUGCAGUAUCCUAAAGACGAUAUAAGCGACAAGCUAUUGAAGAAGUUGCAGGAGUACGUAACAAAUCCGGAGUUUGUACCGGAACUCGUAGCCAAGCAAAGUAAAGUCUGUAAAUCCAUCUGCAUAUGGGUCAGGGCGAUAGACGGCUAUGCGAAACUGUACAGGAUCGUCGAACCGAAAAGAAUAAAACUGGUACAAGCACAAAAUGAAUUGUGGGUGAUUGAAGGAGUCUUGCAACAGAAGCAGAAACAAUUGGCAGAGGUCGAGAAGAAGAUCGCUAAGUUGCAGGCCCAGUUUGACGGGGCUGUGAACAAUUUGGCGCAACUACAAUAUCAGAUGGCACUUGCCGAAGCUAGACUAAAUAGAUCUGGACGUUUAACGUCGGCUCUUGCAGACGAGCAAAUCCGAUGGGAAGAAUUAAUGAAAAAUUUUGACAGACAGAUCCAGAAUCUGACUGGUGAUAUCUUGAUCGCCGCUGGAGCAUUGGCAUACCUUGGAGCAUUUACCAGCGUCUAUAGAGAGGAGUUACUCAACAGUUGGAUUGACAGUUGCAUCAGGGGGGAAGUGCCUAUCACCCCUGGUUUCAGCUUAAUCACCGUCUUGGCUGACCCGUAUGAAAUUCGAUGCUGGAACGGGUUCGGCUUGCCGAGAGAUCAAGUCAGUACGGAAAAUGCGAUAUUGGUAACACAAGCUGGAAAAUGGCCACUGAUGAUCGAUCCUCAAGAACAGGCUAACAGGUGGAUUCGUAACAUGGAACGUGAGAACAAUUUAAAGAUAUGCAAAAUGACCGAUUCAAACUUUAUGCGAAUUAUGGAAGCUUGCAUCAGGGUUGGAGCACCGAUGUUACUUCAGGAAAUUGGAGAGAUACUGGAUCCUAGUUUGGAACCCGUUCUCCUGAAGCAAGUAUACAUAAUGGGUGGACGAUUGUUGAUUCGGAUUGGUGACAGCGAGGUGGAAUACGACACAAAUUUCAAACUAUACAUUACCACGAAAAUGGCAAACCCGCACUACUUGCCGGAAAUUUGUAUUAAGGUAACAAUAGUGAACUUCACCGUCACGCCGUCAGGUCUCGAGGAUCAACUGCUCGCAGAUGUCGUACGACUCGAAAGACCUGAUCUCGAAAAAUUGCGGAAUGAAUUGAUCGCCAAGAUUAACGCCGACAAGGGACAACUCCAGUUAAUCGAGGACAAGAUUCUGUCCUUGCUGUUCAGUUCUGGAGAUAACAUACUGGACAACGAGGAACUAAUCGAAACUCUAAACGACAGUAAAGAAACGUCGGCAAUCAUAGCGACACGUCUGAUAGAAACGGAGGCCACCGAGCAGAAGAUAACAGUUGCUAGAGAAAAAUAUCGGACGGUAUCAACGAGGGGAUCGGUACUGUACUUCGUGGUGGCUAAUUUGGGGGAGAUAGAUCCGAUGUACCAAUUUUCACUGAAAUAUUUCAACCAGGUUUUUAACACAGUCAUCGAAACCAGUCCAAAGAGUUCCGACCUACAGGAACGACUUCUGAUUCUCUACGAAGAAAUUACAACGGCUAUAUACACUAACGUUUCGAGAGGUCUGUUCGAAAGGCAUAAACUAGUAUUUAGCUUCAUGCUCAACGUCGCUAUAUAUUUGAACGCGCAGAUCAUCAAACCCGAAGAAUGGAAUUUUUUACUUUAUGGAGCUGGUCAAUUUGCAGCACCUCAAAAGCCGGACUACCCAACACUGACCGACCCCAUGUGGAAUGGCAUUGUUUAUUUGACACAGAAUUUUGCGAAAUUCAAAAAAUUGACGGACGAUGCAUUCACGAAAAUAAACAUUUCAAUCGGUACGAAUGAGCAGGAAAUAAAUAUAAUUCCCAGUAACAAUACGAAAGCAGCAAAUGACUGGAAUUCGAUCUUGACCGACAUGGAGAAGUUAAUGUUACUGAAAGCCAUGAAGGAAGAAAAACUUAUCUUUGGUGUUACGGCAUACGUCCAAAAAAACCUUGGUCAACAGUUUAUUGAAUCGCCAAUGAUUUCUCUUCAGCUUCUCUUUCCGGAUACAUCCAAGACAACGCCACUCGUGUUUGUCCUAAGUACUGGAUCCGAUCCUUUCGCUGCUUUUCAAAAAUUCGCUGCUGAAAUGGGAUUCACAGAUAGAAUAGAAUCCAUUUCGCUUGGCCAAGGGCAAGGUCCAGUUGCCGAGGCGCUUGUGAUCAGAGGCACUAAAGAAGGCUAUUGGAUAUUUUUACAAAAUUGUCACUUGGCCACUUCGUGGAUGCUCAGUAUGGAGAAAUUGGUGAUCAGCAUAGCGGAGGAAUCUGAAGAAGUACAUCAGGACUUCCGACUCUUUCUGAGCUCCAUGCCGAGCGUUUCUUUUCCCGUAUCCAUCCUUCAAAACUCGGUUAAAGUUACGAACGAACCUCCCAAAGGCUUGAAGGCCAAUAUUAAGAGAUCGUUGUUUGAGCUAGAAGAAGAUUUCUUUGAAAACCAUGCAUUGGGAACACAGUGGAGGAAAAUGGUAUUUGGGAUUUGUUUUUUUCAUGCGAUUGUUCAAGAACGAAAAAAGUUUGGCCCUUUAGGAUGGAACAUAUUAUACGAAUUCAACACUAAUGACCGUGAAUGUUGCUUGUUAAACUUGCAAAUGUUCUGUACGAGUGGAAUGAUUCCGUGGGACGCUCUAAUGUACAUUACAGGUGAAAUAACAUACGGUGGAAGAAUUACUGACAAUUGGGACUUACGUUGUCUCAAGACGAUUCUGGAGGGGUUCUUUUCGCCCAUGACGCUAGACCCUGAUUAUACAUACUCAUUGUCAGGAACAUAUUACUGCCCUAACUACAAAAAACUUCAAGAAUACAAAGAUUUUGUAGAAGGGUUUCCAAUAAUAGAAGAUCCAGAAAUUUUCGGCAUGCAUGAAAAUGCCAAUAUUGCGUAUCAGCUCAGAGAGACGAAAACUGUUCUAAACACGAUUAUGGAGGUACAACCAAGGGUCAGUACAGCUGGCGAAGGCAAGUCCAGCUCAGAACUAGCCUUUGAACUGGCCGACAUGGUGAUGGAGAGGAUUAUUUUAUCGAUUGACGCGUCCGAAUGCAACCCAAAUCAUCUUGAAAAAGAUGCGGCUGGUCGAAUUCCGUCACUUACCACAGUUUUGCUACACGAAGUCGACAGGUUCAACAAACUUUUGGCUAAAAUUCACUCUUCCAUGGACAAUCUUCAACGGGCGAUUAGAGGAUUCGUUGUAAUGUCUGAUGAAUUGGAGAAGGUCUUCAGAGCUCUUAUCAACAAUCAAGUUCCACAAAUGUGGCAUAACGUAAACGUGUAUCCAUCGUUAAAGAGUUUGGGAAGCUGGAUAAGAGAUUUAGAACUGCGAACCGACUUUAUUUGCACUUGGUUGUACCACGAAAUGCCGAUUUCAUUCUGGAUAUCAGGCAUGUCAUUUCCCCAAGGAUUUAUAACUGGAAUGUUGCAAACGUAUGCCCGGAAAUACAACACCCCCAUAGAUCAUCUAAAACUAGAUUUUGCUCCUACCAAAAUUGUAUUGGAUCAAGAAUUGAUAGAAUCUGCUCAUCGAGAACAUCAUAAGGAGGUACGCAGUGCAUACGGUAACGUGAAUCUCCCGCGUGACGGAGUUCUGAUUCACGGGUUAUUUCUCGAUGCCGGUAGAUGGGAUUUUCAGUUUAUGGUUCUUGUCGAUGCAAACAAAGGUGAGAUGAAUCCUCCUUUGCCAGUUUUGCACGUUCUGCCGACAUCAUCAUUACCGGAAAAUGAUCCACGAUACGUUUGCCCCUUGUACAAGACGAGCAUACGAGCUGGAGUUCUUUCAACAACAGGGCACAGCACGAAUUUCGUAGUAUCAAUUCUGCUUAAUUCGGCACGCAGACAAUCCUACUGGAUUUUAAAGGGAACAGCACUCUUGAUUCAAAUCACGAAUUAAUGCAGGGCCUGCGUUACAUAGAAUAUACUUUGGAAACUUUGACGCAUUUCCUUGAAAAUGUUGUAACGUUACUUACAACACGUUGUCAACUUUUCACGCGCGAUAAGAGUGGGGUUAUACAGUAAUAAAACACCUCUGCGAUUCAAUUCCAUUCGCAAGUCAUAAGUACUCAUUUAAUCGACGAGCGAACAUUCUGGGUUUUACAAAAACUCAAUUCAACCCAUUUUACAUUGUAUAAUUUACUGUUACAAAUUGCUGUGACAAAUACUUGCACUAUUGCUACUAAAGUAUUUCGCACACUUAAUAAUGUAACAUUAGAGGUAGGUUGAAAUUUAUGAUAUAAAAACGAUAAGUUAAGGUACACUUGGUUAGGAUGAGGAAAAAUUACUACUGAGAAAUGGUUAUUGCACCGGAUCGUAAAUUUGCGUCCGUGCCACGCGGGAUUUUCUGGCAUUCUGCACAGUUUUUGUCUCCGGUCUUUAUUGGAAUCCAAUCGGAUCCUGUACAUACGUUGCGAAUACAUCCAGAUGCAAACUGAACGAAAGGAGUAGAUUCGCCUAUUUUUACCAAGGUAUAAGAAAAAUAACUAAAAUAAUGUGUUCUGCUCUUGUAUUGCAUAUACACGUGAUUGUUCGUUAAAUUGGCUCGUGAGA